CUUCUUCGCUCCCAUGCUCCCUCCACGCCUCAAGACCUCGAGGCCAGUCUUGCGCUUCCGAAUACAUUUAUAGAUCCGCUAUUACCAAGGUAUCUCAUAAUAUUAGCAAAAUCUGCUUCAUUUAGAGCUUCUUUCCGGGCUCGAGGUCAGUGGUAAAAGAAGACGUCUGCAAGCGUUCACACAAGUUCUCUUGCCUCACUCGCAAUGGCUGAUAUUGCUACUCGUGAAUUUCUCGCCCAUCUUGAAGCGCUCUACCCCAAGCAGGCUGAGGGAGUUGUCAGUCCCUGGUCUCUUGUCGCUGUGACUGCCUUUAGUUCCGGAAAUCUACCAGAGGCCGUUCCUGAGGUCUUCAAGUAUGCGCUUGAGGGCCUGAAGACUCACGAACAACGGCUGCUCCUCGCGCGGAAGUUGCAGGACGCGUUGUUCAAGUCUGGAUUGCUGUCAGGAUUUCCCAAGGCUAUCAACGCUCUUGGGCAGCUAUACACCGCCGUUCCUAACGAACUGCGCGAUACGAAACCCCUGCGUGACGUGUCAAAGUCAGUAGAAACUUUGACAGAGAACGGCCAACAUUACUUCGACCAGACUUAUGGGGAAACCGCAGCUACUGUUCAACCUUAUCUGCGGAAGAUCUGUCCCGAUCUUGAGUUCUUUUCCACGACUUUUGCGUACGGUUACACGUACAGCUUUUUCGACGUUGUCUCGCCUGCUGAGACUUCGUUCACUAUGGUGGCGGCUCUGAUAGCCAACGACACACCGCGUCAAAUUGACUGGCAUUUGCGGGGAUCUCUGAGGAACGGUGCCACGUUGGAUGAAGUGAAAACGGUUCGCCAGAUUGCUAUCGAGGUCGCCAAGGCAUCAGGCGUAAAGUGGAAGAAUGACAUCCCUGAUAUCCAUGAGUGAACUUGUUGCUGUACAUAAGUGUAUUUUUCGCUCUUUACCUUUCCGAGUAUGGUUGCCGAGCUGAUUUGCGUAAUGCGAAUCGGUUUGAGCGGCUAUAAGGAGCUCUAAGCCACGGCUCCGUUUUCGGAUUAUAGAUCUAUUUUUAGUACUUUCUCCGGUAUAGUGGUAAUAUUGAAGUACUUUGAGAGCUGUC